AUGGAGCAUCGGAGCGCAUUAAUACCACGGCAAUCGGACUGGGAGAAGGUUCGAAGCACCGAGGAUGAUGAGGAUGAGGCGAAUAUAUUCCCCGGAGCAGUAUCCAACGACCCCGAAGAAGCGUCGCAUUCCCUCCUCCGCUCUCGCGACAUCAAACCCCCAUCCCAAAAACAUCACCAACCUCAGCCAAACCGACGAAGCAUUACAACAACCUACACCCGCCUCGCCCUUCUCCUCACCAUAACCCUCCUCCUAGGCGCCGCCCUCUCAGCCCUGGUAACAACAAUCCUCACAACCCACCUCCGCACCCUCAACACCUCCCACAGAAACGACAACACCCUCGCCUCCCCCAACGACCCCUCCUCCCGCCCAGUAACCUACCUCCAAACCGCCCCCUGCGGUACAACACCAGCCCAAGCCCGCGCCGCAGGCUGCGAAUUCGACCUCAUAUCCUUCAACUGGCUCCCGCCGCAAUGCCACGACGCCGCCCUCGCCGAGACCUUCGAAGCGGAGCUCGUGGAAGCGGGACAACUCGCCUGGUUCACGGACGCGAACCGCACGGCACCGUCGUUGACGAGGGAGCAGAUUAUGACGGGGGAGUUUAGCGGCGUGUAUGUCAGCUUGGGAUACCAUCUUCGGCAUUGUACGGCCAUGUGGAGGCGGAUGCACCGCGCGCUGAUGCAGAGUCGUGGUGGAGAGGGAGGAGGCAGUGGCGGGUUGGAGAGGGUUGAUAGUUAUAUUUGGAGUUAUCAUCAUACUAGGCACUGCGAGGAGGUGCUGUUGACGAGGUUUGGUGAGGUUGACGUGGGAGAGGUGUUUACGACGGAGGUGAGGAUCAAGUAUCCCGACUGCGGUGUCAUUUUGGGGCCUGUGGAUUGA